AGCAGGCAGCAGGAGAGAGCAGCCACACCAGCGGCAGCCCACCGAUCCCCUGAGGGAGACCGGCGAGCAUCAAGACGCCGGCGAUCUUCUCCUCCUUCCCCGACGCCGACGACCCUGCUCCGCCGCCUCAUUCGGGAUCACCGCUCGACUCUACAUCCUAACUCAGAAGCAGCCAUGAACUACAUCAUCGGCGCCUUCAAGCCGCCCUGCGACAUCUUCGUCACCUUCUCCGAUGAGAGGACCCGGAAGCAGGUGGCAAUUAAGAAGGACAACGGGAAGACGGCCACGGUGCCAGCCUUCCAGAGCCUGGAGACCAUCGCCGGAGAGGUGUCCAUUGCUCCAGUCCCUGGCAAAAGGCUCGAGCACACUGGUGUUAAGAUCGAGCUGCUGGGUCAGAUAGAACUAUAUUUUGACAGAGGCAAUUUCUAUGACUUCACCUCAUUAAUGCGCGAGUUAGAGGUUCCUGGUGAGAUCUACGAAAGAAAGACUUAUCCUUUUGAGUUUGCUACUGUUGAAAUGCCAUAUGAGACGUAUAAUGGGACAAACGUCAGAUUAAGAUACAUCCUGAAAGUGACAAUUGGCAGAAAUUAUGUUGGCAAUAUUGUAGAAACUCGGGAUUUCUGUGUAAGGAACUACUCUCCCGUUCCCACAAUUAACAAUAGCAUCAAGAUGGAAGUUGGAAUUGAAGAUUGCUUGCACAUUGAAUUUGAGUACAGCAAAAGCAAGUAUCAUCUCAAGGAUGUCAUUGUAGGAAAGAUUUAUUUUCUUCUAGUCAGAAUAAAGAUAAAGAACAUGGAGCUUGAGAUUCGUCGCCGUGAAUCUACAGGAUCUGGUCCUAACACAUAUGUUGAGACUGAGACACUAGCAAAAUUUGAGCUGAUGGAUGGUGCCCCAGUUAGAGGAGAAUCUAUUCCAGUAAGACUAUUCUUGACUCCUUAUGAGCUGACCCCGACUUACCGCAAUAUAAAUAACAAGUUCAGCGUCAAGUACUACCUGAAUCUGGUCCUUGUUGAUGAGGAAGACCGAAGGUAUUUUAAGCAGCAAGAGAUCACCAUGUAUCGCCUUGUAGAAACUCCAGAGUCUUCAUAGACUUGUGUCACUGAGACUUGAAACCAGCCAGAGGCAUAUUGUGUGUUCAUUGCAAAAGAGCACCGGAGUUAGCAACAAACUUUGAUCCCUUCUUGUAUAUAAUUUUCCCCAAUGGUAAUGCAGUUCCUAUGCACCAUGUGACGUUGCUUUGUUAAUUGUUACUCUUUUUUAUUUAUUCAUUCAAAUCUGCUUGACUGCUGCUGUGAAAUUGUUUGGACCAAAGGGUUCUCAACUUGUUUCUUUCUUGUCA